AUGCUUUCCCAGACAUUCCUUUUACUCCUUGUAUCUCUCCUUGGAAAGGUUCUUGCCUUCUCCGCCUCCUCCAACAAGAACGUUGCCGUCUACUGGGGUCAGAACUCCUACGGUAACCAGGACAGAUUGAGCGCCUACUGUGACAACGACGACACCGACAUUGUCCUUGUCUCUUUCGUCACUGGCUUCCCUGAAUUGUCCUUGAACUUUGCCAACCAAUGUGGUGGCUCCUUCAGCAACGGUGUUCUCCACUGCCCUCAGAUCGGUGAGGACAUCAAGACCUGUCAGUCCAAGGGUAAGAAGAUCUUGCUUUCCUUGGGUGGUGCCUCUGGUAGCUACGGUUUCCACGGCCCUAACGCUGACUCCGACGCUGAAAAAUUCGCUGAGACCUUGUGGAACAAGUUCGGUGCUGGUUCUGACGACGAGAGACCUUUCAACGAUGCUAUCGUUGAUGGUUUCGACUUUGACUUGGAGAACAACAACCCUACCGGUACUGUUGCUUUGUCCAACGCCUUGAGAAAGCAAUUCUCCAAGGACUCUUCCAGACAAUACUACUUGGCUGCCGCUCCUCAGUGUGUCUACCCAGAUGCUUCCUCCGGUGACAUCUUGGCUGAGACUCAAAUCGAUUUCGCUUUCAUUCAAUUCUACAACAACUACUGUGGUCUCGGUGACAACUUCAACUGGGACACUUGGCAGAAGUUUGCUGAGGAGGACUCUCCUAACAAAGAUAUCAAGUUGUAUGUUGGUUUGCCAGGUGCCCCAAGCUCUGCUGGCUCUGGUUACGCUGACCUCGACAAGGUGAAGAAGAACGUUGGCCUGGACAUCUUGAACAACAAGAACUUUGGUGGUUUCAUGUUGUGGGAUGCUUCUUCUGGUGCUAGCAACAAGAACAGCGAGGGUGUCUCUUUCACUCAGCAGCUCAAGAACUACCUUUUGGGUAAUGUUGAGGAAGAAUCUCCAUCUGCUCCAGCUUCUACCUCCUCCAAGCCUGCUCAGACCUCUGCUACUUCCACCACCAAGGCCGCUGCUGAGACUCCAGCUGAAGAGACUCCAGUUGAAGAGGCCAAGCCAACUCCAUCCAAGGGUGUUAACGCUGGCGCUCAACCUAAUGUUCCAGGUGAUGGUUCUAAGACUACUGUCGCUGCUGAGGCCACUACCACUCAGGCCCCUCAGGAUGACUUGGUGACCGUUACCGUGCAAAAUCCUUCUUCUACUUUCACUACUGUGCGUGUUUCCUGCUCUAGUGAUACUCUUGUUAAUACCGUCGACGGUAAGGUUGUCACUGAGGUUGUCACUGUUACCAGAGUUGUGUCUACCGCUUACCUUACCAAGACUGUCAAGGCCGAGCCAACCGCUUAA